UGUAGCAUGUGAGCACAUGCGCGGUCCUUGUCGACGGGGCCGGUCUAUCAUGGCGACAUACGUGGAUAUACUGAAGAGCGAGUUUCCCGAAAUCGACACUGAAGUCUUCGAUUAUAUCACUGGUGUACUGGACAGUGGAGGUGCAGACUUUGAGGAUGGAGAGGAAGUAUUCGAUGCAAUUGGUGGAGUGUUACAGGAGAUGUCAGCUGACUACAAGAAUGAGGAUGACAUUCGUGACAUCUGUCUGCAAAUGUUCAACACACUCCAGCUGAAUAAUUGCCAAACUACUACUCAGAAGCAAGUGCUUCUGGAUGCUCCAGUACAGUUGUCUCAGAUCUCCGUAGAAACUGUGUCUGCUACCAGUGAUGUCCAAGGCAUCUGGAUGACAAAACGUGGUCAGAACACGACGGUGAAUGCAAAAAAGCUAGAGAAGGCUGAGGCCAAGCUGAAGGCCAAACAUGACAAGAGGAAUGAGAAAGACUCCCAGAAAACUCCCAGCCAAGUUGUGCUUGAGGAAGCUUCUGCCAGUCAGGCAUGCAGUAAGAAGGACAGUCGGGUGGACAUGUCUGGCAAGAAUCGCAGCUAUGACAUUCGCAUUGAGAACUUUGAUGUGUCAUUUGGGGAAAGGUCACUGCUGCAGGGGGCAGAGAUGUCUCUGGCCACAGGUCGACGCUACGGGUUGGUGGGGCGAAACGGUCUGGGCAAGACCACACUGCUGAAGAUGCUGGCCAGCCGCAGCCUGCGUGUGCCGCCGCACAUCACCAUCUUGCACGUGGAGCAGGAGGUGGCGGGCGACGACACGCCCGCACUCCAGAGCGUCCUGGAGAGCGACACGGUCCGCGAGGGCCUACUGACGGAGGAGCGGACGCUCAACGCACGCAUCGCCAACGGAUUGGCAGAUGGGAUGGAGAGCGUGCGUCUGUCGGAGAUCUACGUCCGGCUGGAGGAGAUCGAAGCAGACAAGGCUCCUGCACGAGCCUCUGUUAUUCUGGCAGGUCUAGGGUUUACUUCAAAAAUGCAACAGCAGACAACCAAGGAGUUCUCUGGAGGCUGGAGGAUGAGGUUAGCAUUGGCCAGAGCUCUGUUUGCCAAGCCGGACCUUUUAUUACUUGAUGAGCCUACUAACAUGUUGGAUGUCCGAGCCAUUCUGUGGUUGGAGAACUACUUGCAGACGUGGCAGUCCACAAUUCUCGUAGUCUCUCACGACCGGAAUUUCCUCAACGCCGUGGUCACAGACAUCAUUCACCUGCACUCACAGCGGUUGGAAAGUUACCGUGGCGACUAUGAGAACUUUAUCAAAACCAAGGAGGACCGUUUGAAGAACCAACAGAGGGAGUAUGAGGCACAGCUCCAGUACAGAGAGCACAUACAGGUGUUCAUCGACAGAUUCCGAUACAACGCAAACAGAGCGGCUCAGGUGCAGAGCAAACUCAAGCUGCUGGAGAAACUACCUGAACUAAAGCCUCUGGAGAAAGAGGCUGAAGUUAUGUUACGGUUUCCAGAUAAUUUUGAGAAGCUGUCUCCUCCCAUUCUGCAGCUGGACGAGGUGGAGUUCUACUACUCACCGGAUAAGAGUCUCUUCAAUGGGCUCUGUGUGUCUGCAGACCUGGAGUCUCGCAUCUGCAUUGUUGGAGAGAACGGAGCAGGAAAGACCACAGCACUUAAGUUACUGAUGGGUGAACUAACACCAGUCAACGGUGUCAGACAUUCUCACCGAAAUUUAAAGAUUGGCUACUUCAGUCAGCAUCAUGUGGACCAGCUAGACAUGAAUGUUUGCUCAGUGGAACUUCUCCUCAACAAAUUUCCUGGUCGAAAUGAGGAAGAAUACCGGCAUCAGCUGGGACGGUAUGGGAUAACUGGAGAGCUAGCCACGCGGCCGGUCGCAAGCUUGUCGGGAGGGCAGAAGAGUCGAGUGGCCUUUGCUCAGAUGACCAUGCCUUGUCCAAACUUCUACAUACUUGAUGAGCCGACAAAUCAUCUGGAUAUGGAAAGCAUAGAGUCUCUUGCAAAAGCACUCAACAAGUUCAAGGGUGGUGUGGUGUUAGUGUCCCACGACGAGCGCCUGAUCCGGGAAGUGUGUAAAGAACUCUGGGUGUGUGAGGGGGGCAAGGUGAAGCGCAUCGAUGGCGGCUUCGACGAGUACAGGGACAUCCUGCAUGAACAGUUCCGCAAGGAGGGAUACCUGUGAGUCCUCAUGUUGCCCGCCGGCCAGCUGUCGACCACUACUGUUGCCGGCGCUGUCGUCACCAAAAAACCCCCAUCGCCCAACAUGCCAACACAGCAAGACUCUUUACAUCAGACAUGCUAAACUGCCAAUCAAUUACAGUCCUACCCACACCUUGACGUACAUUCGACCCACUGCCAAGGAGCACCCAAAGGAAUCCCAUGAGAGGGUUCCUGAGGAGUCACGAAGACGCAGCUCUCUUUCCAGGCCUUUUUUUGUUCUGUUUUAUCCCCUUUUUUGCCCCUAGCCUCGUUCUCUGGUGGCUCACGUCAAGAUCAAGCUCAUUCAACACUCUCCCUGGACUGCCAGUUUGGCCCUUGCUCGCUCGUUCCUAGUCAGCCAUGGUCCCAUCUUAUGGAGGGCUGGGUCAGUAUUGUCUCUGACUGACUGCUUUGCUUUGUUUUUCCAUCAGCUUGACAAAACCUUGUUUAAAACAUUGUUUAUUUUGACGCCUCAUACUUGUUCAGAGUCUUUUGAUGUUUGAGAGACUAAGAAUGGGAUUUGGGAGAGAGGGAGGGAAUGGGUGUUAUUACCUGCGAGGUAGGGGAACUCCCUAUUCAAAUCUAAGACUAAAUCACAAUCAUUUUUCCUGAUACCUCAUGGGGUAAGGCAUAUAAAGUAUAUACAUAUAUACUUAUAAUUAUACAUACUUGUGAAAAAAUAUCAGAAUAAAACCAGAUGAUUCCCAUGAUUCAGUGAUGUACUUAACUUAUAAAUAGGUGUUUUAAAAUACUCAUAAAUCAAUGCUAAUAAAAUCAUAGCCAUCAA